AUGCCAGUCGACUCGAAUCCGGGUACGGAUUCGGGCGACAUUGCUACCCAGCGGCCCACGAGGCAGGAGAAUUUCAGCAAGCCGCCAAUCUCCAUGCUCAACCACACUGCCAACAACAGAUUGAGCGCGGAACAAAACUCACGAGACUCGUCCGUCAUCCGCAACAUCAACGGCAGCUUCGUCCCGGGAACUCAGACUCCUCAGUCUCAGGACUCGCUCGGCAUCGUUUCUGCCUCUUCCUUCUCGUCUUCCAUUCAGCAGGAAGAGGCAAAGCUGCGAUGGGACUCGGACUUUGAGCUCAAGAGAGUGUCCAAGUCCCUCCUCAUGCUUCAGAAAUGGCUUCUCAUCCUCGGUCUCCUCUGUAUCAACGGAGUCCUCAUCUUCUUGGCUUUGAGGUUCGAUCAGCUGUACUAUCUCUUCAUUGUCCUUCUCAGCUCAAACACCAUGCUCCAGGCUGGCAUGAUGCUCGCGAUCAUCAUCAUGGCUAUCCUCAGGCGUACCAUCCCUUGCUAUUUCGGUAGAAAGGAAAUCAUCCCGGACGAGCCCGAGAGGCUGGUACUUCUGCUGCCCUGCUACAACGAAACCCGCGAGGAGCUGACACGGUCUCUCGACUCUCUGGUAAACCAAAAGGAAAUCGGCUCUCAUCCCAAGGUUAUCUUCAUCGUCGUUGAUGGCAACGUCCGCGGCCCCAACAUGGAAAAGACGACUCAGGAAUAUCUCCUUGAGGACAUUCUUGGACCCGGUCAGUAUCGUCGCUUCGAGAACGGUUACCGUGCCAGAGACGGCCUCUUCAUGCCCGUCAAGGUCCAGACAGGCUGGUACAAGGGUCUCCCCUACGUCUUGGUCGGUAAGAGCUACAACCAGGGCAAGCGUGACAGUCUGUGCUUUGCCCGCUCGUUCCUGUACCACUUCAAGCAGCGCUCGGAAAACGUCAUAACCAUGUUCAACAACGGUCUCUACGAGUACAUUGGCAAUAUCUUCGUUCAGCACGGCCUCGACACUGUGGACUUUCUCGUCGGCAUGGACGCCGACACCGUCUUUGACCAGUUCUGCAUCAUCGAAAUGCUCCAUGAGAUCCGCUCCAACCCAAGGCUCGUCGGUGUCUGCGGCCACGUCUGCGUCGACUAUGACGGCAAGCCCUUCUCCCCUUGGUCCCUCUACCAGUCCGUCGAGUACUCCCAGACUCAAGGCCUACGCCGCAUGUUCCAGUCUCGCGUCACCGGCAAGGUCAACUGCCUCCCCGGUUGCUGCCAGCUGAUCCGCGUCGACGAGUCCACCUUUGGCGACGAGGUCCUUCGCGAGCGCUUCGGCUACUGCCCCAAGCCCAACGACGUUAUGACCUCGCACAUUAUGGGCAACUACUCCGAGGACAGCAUCCACGCCUCCAUCAUCUUCAGCUUGUUCCCCAAGAAGCAGACCGCUCAGGCCCUCCGCGCCAAGGCAUUCACGAUUGUGCCCCAAAAUAUGAAGGUCUUCCUCUCGCAGCGCAAGCGCUGGGCUCUCGGCAGUAUCUCCAACGAAUUUGUCAUGCUCUUCAGGCCCGGCAUCAUCUUCGUCGAACGAGUCCAGAGCCUUGUCGCCGUCGUUACUUGGGCCAUUACGCCAUUCAUCAUGGCCGCCGUGGCUGAGCUCGUUCGGCUCUUCAUCGUGAGAGGCGGAAAGGUGUUCAAGGAUCCCGUCUUCGUUGGUCUUCUCUCGGUCUUGUUUGCCCGCUACUUCUAUUCCUUCUGUGUCGGCUUCUGGCUUCCCCGCAACAUGAUGGAGCGCACCCAGUAUUUUGUCGGCUUCUUCCUUCACUUCCUGCUUUCUCCUGUGAUCAACAUUGUCAUCAUGGUCUACUCCCUCUUCAACUCGGAUGACUUCAAAUGGGGAAAGACCCGAGAGGUUGUCGGCGAGGAUGACGCCGAAAAGGGGGCUCUGGUAAACAGAGCUCCUGUUGCUCAUUGA